AUGCAUCUAUUCCUCAUCCUUGGCACACUUUGGAGUAAUGUGGCCACUGUAGCUGGUCACCGACACUCUGAGCUUCGAGUCGUGACCUCUUCCGGCUUUGUGAACGGAAUAUAUAACGAUUCUGCACAUACUGUACGGGCGUUUCUUGGAGUUCCAUAUGCCGAGCCCCCAGUUCAAGAGCUGCGAUGGGGACCACCACAUCCCAAAUCACCACCCGGCAGACCCAUCGAUGCAUCUUCCUUCAGCAGUCCCUGUCCACAGGUGUAUACGUACUCCAAUGAGUCCAUUUAUAGUGUUCUUCCGUCUAUGAUAUGGAACUCUGGCGACAUUUCUGAAGACUGUCUGUAUAUGAACAUCUGGGCACCUUCUUUCGAACAUCGAGGCUACAGGGGGCUGCGCAGAGCAACAGUCAUGAUGUUCAUCCAUGGCGGAAGCUAUGAUAUAGGAGGUAGUUCGGUUAGUUACUACGAUGGCACGAAUUUAGUACAGAAUCAGGAUGAUCUGAUUGUUGUUACCUUCAAUUAUCGACUCAAUGUCUUUGGAUUUCCUAAUGCACCAGACAUCGACCCGUCUAAGCAAAACCUUGGGAUUUUGGACCAGCGAUUGGCAAUCGAGUGGGUUUAUGAAAAUAUAGCCAGAUUCGGUGGUGAUCCAGAUCGAAUUCUUCUGUUUGGUCAAUCUACUGGGGCUUCCUCAGUUGAUAUCCAUUCAUACGCAUACCCAGACAAUCCUAUCGUUAGCGCACUUGCUCUUCACUCCGGCACUGCUCCAUUACUGACAACAGCUUCCGAUCAUCAAAAUUGGAAUGAGCUGUCUACUGCUAUUGGAUGCGGCGUAGGAGCCGGGUCCUUCCAAUGCAUGAGACAAGCCCCAAUGAUGAAGAUUGUCGAAACAAGGACCAAUGGAAGUUAUAGCUUUUGUCCCAUUGUGGAUAAUGUCCUCGUCUUUUCCGAUUAUUCCGCUAGAGCUAAAAUGGGGAAAUUGGCACAAUUGCCAACAUUAGGAGGGAGUAAUGAGCGUGAAGUCACGGCUUUCUUGCCGUUAAGUCAAACAUCCGUUGAUGAGACAACAAUCUCUAUGCUCAGUCAAAAGAUUUAUAACUGUCCCCUCCGGGAAUCUGUCAGGAUUCGAUUGAGUCAGCACGUGCCAACUUGGAGGUAUCUAUACCAUGGGAACUUUAGCAACGUCAGCCCAACUCCAUGGCUUGGGGCAUACCACGGGUCUGAGGUACCUCUUGUCUUUGGAACCUAUGAUAAGUCCAGGGCGAUCCCUCCGUCUGCCAGGGAAGUCGAAGUCAGUGAAUACAUGCAAGGAGCUUGGGUUGCAUUUGCCAAGGACCCUUGUAUGGGACUGAGCGAGUAUGGAUGGCCACAGUUCAGCUUUGACGAGCCUACCUUGAUCAAUAUCGCACUGAAUAACACGGUCGAGGCAAUAUUUACUUCUGCUAGUCCGUGGGAUACCUCUUGUGAAGCUCCCACUUGA